AAAGUGGUCGUCGUGCACGGUCCUACAUAUUUGACAGUGUUGUCGUCGCUGGCGGUCGUCUAUCUAUUUGGCAAGGCCUACAACAACGUACGGUUGAACAUUCGCCACCUUCGGCUCUGUGUGCUGGAUGUAUGUAUCCGCCUGACACUGGUCGGACGCGGGAAGUGUUGUGUUCCAUGUGGUGUCUGAUGUGUGACGAUUCGCAGUUAUGAUUCUUUCAAGCACAACCCGACGAUAAAUCGGGUGUCGGGUUCUGAAGCCAUAACCUGAUCCCUCUGAGCAACUACUUUGAAACGGAUCCGGAUCUUGGUUGUGCACCGGCACAGCUGCGUUCAAAGCAAUGCGCCUGCUUUGAUCGUCAUUCGGAGUGGUUUUAGAAAGUGUAAAUUUGAAUUGUGUGCAGUUAUUCAUAAUCAGCGAGCGUCAAUUGUCGUCGAUUGAAAAAAGCCUUGAAACUUGCGCCAUAACCGAGGCGAGAGCUAAUGAAAGUGAUUUUUGCGCCACUCGCCGUCGAAAGCGAGAGUCUCAAGAUCGACAACAGUACGGGCGGCGGUUUCGAUGAGUCGCAAGUGGACCAUCAAUUAAUUAAGCGUUUAUUCACUUCGAGUGUAGUUUUCCUCUCGUCUGGUGGCGGUUUGCGUGCAUGUGUCAAUAGCUCAUCUCGAAGAGGAAAAGUGCGAGAUUUCUUUGCUGAGGUGCUUUUUGGCGGAUGAAAGUUUCGUUUCCUGUUCUCAUAAGUGCGAGGCAAACUCAUCGAAAACUCGUUAUGUGAAUGAAUGAAAGUUUGUCUACUUCUGCUUUAGUAGUUAAUUGCUGUAUUUGGCGAAGAAGCAAAAACAAAACAGUUCGGGGUAAAGAAAACAGCCAACGCAAUCUCGACGAGACAUUCAUGCGUGCGAUAAAGCGUACCGGCAGAGAGUUUGUAAACACGCAUCAGCUCCCGCUCACUGACGGGGGAUAAGAACCACCUCCCACCGCCCACUGGAUCCCGGUGGAAUACGCAAACAGGGACAGGGGGAAGCAUAAAGCCAGAACGGAGUCGGUCGGCGAUGAGUCAUCGCGUGUACUGAAGGAGGAAAAAAUCAGUCUUCAGAACGGACUUGAGAGUGGUGGAGUUUGUAUUUGUAUUAGUUGGAUUAUUUCUGAUCCUCGCCGAUGGCAAACGCAAUCUGGUGUAGUAUGACGUGUAAGAACAGAGUAGAUCCAAUUAUAAAAAUGGAUUUGCACCUUGGGUAGAUGAGCUGUUGUGAAGAAGUGCGGGGCAGACUCAUUGAUCGAAGCUGUGUGAAUAAUUAACGGGUAGCGUAGACUACUUGUCGGCAACUGAUCAUUAGCAAUCGCCGAUUGCUCGUCGGGCACCAUUGGCUACGUUAAAGCUAGAACGGUGGCCUUCCACAACGAAGGAGGUGAGCGCCGCUGGGUGCGUCAAGCAGUAAUGGGGGUCCUUCGAUGGAGGGAUCUGCCGGGGAGCCGCAGCUCCAUGAGCAGUUCCAACAGCACCAACAACAAUAACAACAACAACAAUCGAAUAGAGAACACCCGCGAAGAACGAAUCUCCAACCCACAUGGCGGCAACAACAACGACCCCCAGAACAAUCUCACCGUACAAAUCCCGCAGCAGACGCGAUCGCUGCUGCGGCACUCGAACAGUAUGUCGUCGAAUCCGCACUCGAACUCGAGCUCAACGCCGGCGUCACCGCAUCUGCUGUCGAACAGCUCCAGCGGGCACCUGCACCAUACGCUCUCGAAUGGCGGAACGCUUCACCAUCAUCCCCAGUACCAGAGUCAGUCGUCGGUAAGUUCCCAAAGUUCGUCGAUCAUUUCGGCGGUUCCGCCGCUGCAGCGGUUACUGGAGGACCAUCUCAGCAAACCGGCCCCCUAUGCGAUGAUUGUGAUACCGAACAGUGGGGGCUAUUGGAUAGAUGGCACUGAUCACGAUGCGGGGUACGAUAUACCUUCUCACACUACCUGGCGGGUGGGCAAGAUCGAAUCCGAUGAUACGGCUAAAUGUUACCGAAGGUUUUUCAUCUCGCGAGAGCACUCGAAUCUGGUAGGCUACGAUGACCAGCUUGGCCCAGUAUUACUCUCCAUCAAAUCAGAGAACGUAGCCAAUCAGGAUCAUAUCCGGUUACUGCUCCGGUUAAGAACCGGAACCAUGCACGAAAUCAUUCCAGCGUCAUGUUUGGGGUCGAACCCAUCUCCAAUCAAGAUGGCACGGCUUCUGAACGAUCAGAUAAAUGUAGAUAGCUUCAUGCCCGUACUCUGUCCCAAAGCGUCCACGUUGAUCGCCAGCUACGACGAACACGUGCUAGUCACGAACUUCAAAUUUGGCGUUCUGUAUCAACGGUACGGACAAACCACCGAGGAAGAACUCUUCUGCAACAGUGAUACAACCCCAGCUCUGGAAGAGUUUCUCGAUCUACUUGGACAACGAAUACGACUCCGCGAUCACAAAGGCUACCGAGGUGGAUUGGAUAUUCAAAAUGGUCAUACUGGCGAUACCGCUGUCUACGAAGUGUUCAAAGAACGGGAGAUCAUGUUCCACGUGUCUACGCUCCUACCAUAUACCGAAGGUGAUCCUCAGCAACUUCAGCGGAAACGCCACAUCGGAAACGACAUCGUGGCAAUCGUAUUUCAAGAGGAAAAUACUCCUUUCUCGCCGGCAAUGAUCGCCAGUCAUUUCCUGCACGCAUUCAUCGUUGUUCAACCGCUGGAGCCCAACACACCCAACUGUCGGUAUAAGAUUUCAGUAACCGCUCGGGACGAUGUGCCGUUCUUCGGCCCUACGCUCCCCCAACCAUCAGUAUUCAAGAAGGGACCUGAAUUGAAAGAAUUCCUCCUUACCAAGCUGAUCAACGCGGAGAACGCCUGCUACAAAGCGGACAAAUUCGCGCAGCUAGAACUGCGAACAAGAACAUCGCUUUUGCAAAACUUGGUAGACGAACUGAAGGAGAAAACACGCGACUUCCUGGGAGCUGACUUGUUGGGAGCUCCCACUUCUCCUACCCCAGAAACUCCAAAGUCAGAAGGUGGCUUCACCGGAUCCCGAUUCAUCGACACGGUGAAGAAAGCGUUGAACGCCCGCCUUCGCUCUCAGAAUUCCGACCCCACGAACGGAACCGUCGAAACCAAUCCAAAGCAUCACAACUCCAUCAAGAAAUCCAAGGAGAUCUCCGACGUGCCCUGUGGACCGGGACAAGUCGUUAACAUCGGUCGAUCGCUGUCAAAAAGCAGCACAACGGGCUCUCGGAAGUCUCCCAACGAUUCGGUGGCCUCUUCGCCGGACAUCACAUCGCGCUGUUCGCUCAAUCCGAGCCAGCUAAACAACAACAAUAACAGCAACGCAGCCAACAACAACCAUCACGGGGUAGGUGGCGGCAAUCAUGGCGGAGGUACCAAAGGGCUGGCGAAUGGCGUCAGCAAUGGCAACAACAACAACAACGGCCCAGUGGCAAUGUCCGAAACGAGCGACGACUCCAGCCUGAACAGUGUCGAUCUGGAUCCGAUGGUUUUCCCAAAUGUAGAUGCCGGAGCGACGUACAUCGACAGUGACACCGGGCUGGAAUCGAUGUCCUCGGCGGACGCAACGACCAAAGCGUGCUCGCUCUGUCUGGACGGAGACCGGGCGGAACGGUCGACGAACGGGGGUGGCAGCGUGAUCAGCGUUAGCGUCGGAACCGGCAGCACCGGGGGCGAUAGCACACGGGACCUGCGCAGCAGCACUGGAAGCGGCGGCACGAAUCUGGCCGGCUGCCUUGGUGGUGGUGUGGGAGGUGUUACCGUGGGGGGUGCCGGAACGCUGCUGAUGACGCCGGACGUUGUGCAGCAGAUGGACGGAUUCAAGCAGGAAAUUACCCGGCUGAAGUGUGAUAAAUUGGAUCUCCUCAGGCAGAAUGUGACCUGCCAGCGUGACAUUAAACGACUACGGGAGCGAGAACUAUCCCUGCAAGGUGACCUGGCCGCUGCCGGCAAAGAAAUCCUUCGACUACGUGAUCUACUAAAAGAGUAUAUGCCGGCCGCCGCAGCUGAACCCCUCUAAAGAGCCCCGUUGCCGAGCUCUAAUAAUGGAAAACAUCCUCCCACCACCCACUACUUUUUCAUUUUCUGGCCAUUAUUGUCGCCACAAUAGUGAGUAUUUGGAUGCGCACAUACGUACAUACACACAUAAACGGAAUCACACACACACACAUGCCGGGCGUGACAAUACGAAAGGGCAUAUUCGAUAAAGAUGGAGGAUGGAAAAGCGUAAGAAGUGCAUUGUCUGCUCUUAUCAACCGACUUCCAUCUAAACACAAUCGUAUAGGUAACAACCACUUACCACACACAAUCCCCAUCUCGUUUUUUUUUUGUAAUCGUUACCGUGGUCGUCGCCAUCACUGGUGCUGAUUAUCGUCGUCAUCGUCGUUAUGGUUGUCAUCGUCUGCCUCGUAGAACGCAAGCAAAAAUGUAUUUUUCCUCAAAGUAAUAAUCCCUCCCCUCAGAAGGGUUCUCGAAAAUCCUGCACAUUUUUUCCACCUCACGGGAGGAAAAACAGAUUAGUUCUAUUAUAUUUUCCUUCAAAACUAAUACAUGUUGAGUAAAGAGAGAGCAAUUAUCGUUUGCGAGUGUUUUCUGUAAAAAGACCUUUUUUAAUUUAUUUUACCCUAAACCUAUUAAAAAACACUUUGAAAUCUCUUCGGAAGAAGUCGCUCUUCUGAAAUCAAAACUAGCGCUGUAAGUUUUGUUGCCUUUUCAAUUGUAGCACGUUUGGUUAUUUUUUCUUGUUAAAACGACAUGAAGCCAGCCGACUCUAUCCGCUAGCGCGGCGUGUCGAUCUAGUUCUCCUUGCUUUCCACCUCGUGUGCCAUGGACAGCGUGGUUGCGCGGGUGGGCAAUAUUGAUGGGCCAAUGGUUGCUGCGCUUGCUAUCAUUGCACUGUGAUCGAUUAGCGGCUUCGCUCUCUGUUGUUUCUCAAAUAGAUGUCAAUGAGAAGAACGUAUCCACGAAAUUUGUAUAUAAAUGUUUUAGCUUGACGCUUCAUCUUCGUGUUGACAUUUCAAACCUAAGAUACAAAAUUCUCAUGAAUAAUUGGGAAUUAACGCUGUAAAUGUCAAUUAUUAUGAAAGUAUUUAUGAUAAAUAUCAAAAAUAAUUCGACAAUUGACUAUGGUCAUGAAAUAAUGGACUUAGCGUAUUCGAUUGAGAGAUAUUUUAACGACACGUUAUUUACUUCUUUGUUCAUUUUUAAGCAGAAUGCAUUACAGUUUUAAUAUGUUUGUAGACACCAACGAAUAGAAUGGGCUAUUAGAGUGCAUGUAUCUCUCUCUUUCUCUCAAAGUGAAUAAAUUCAGCAACUGAGAGAUUGCUAACCAAGGAAACCAAAAAUAUAAUGUUGAAAAACAAUCCGAUAAGCUACCAGAUGUUUUAGAACUUAGAUACAUAUAGAUUUUAGAGAAACAAAGACAAAUCUAAGCGCAGAGAUAAUACACAACUGAGUGAAAAUAUUAUGUGCAAUACACAAUUGUAAUGAUCAUUAAAUCAGACAAAUGGAAAGCACUCACGGAAUCCUAUAAACCUUAAAUACAGACAGAAACUCUCGAGCCUUAUGAUAAAAUUGAAUUUCUAGGUAAACUUAUUUCAAAAUCAGACUAACACUUGUUUUUGAUCAAACAUUUAUUCUGAAAACAAAAAAAAACAAACAUGGUAUCUUUGUACGAAAAAUACUGCCUUCUACUUACAAUUCAUACCACAUGAAGCUGUUUCCAAAGCAAGCUCAUAAGAAAUAAUGAAAAAUUACACGAGUACUGUCAAAUGCAACAUUUAAAGAAUUGAUACCAAAGUUAACAACAUUCCCAAAAAGCUACAAACUAUACACUGAAAACAUAAAUCGACCAUCCUCUGUCCCAAGAGCAAAACUUUUCGAAAGCAUUGUCAGCUUCUAAUCUGACCACCGUAGUUUCUGGAAAACGCAAAUUUGUCAUAUCAACUUAUCAAUAGAGCAAAUCAAUCAUAAGAAAAACUAAACGAUUCAGUCAGUGAAUGUCAUAGACGAAAAUCACAGAAAAGCGUAGUUUUUGCACUUUAACAAUUCAAACACAGAUACAAUAGAAAGAUAAAAAAAAUCUCGUAAAACUCUUAUAAUCGAAUCGAUGUCUCAGCAACCAAAUUACCAACAAUAAAAUAUGAAAAUGUAUCAGCAGCAUAAAUCGUAAAAAAAGAAAACAAACUUUGUCCAGUGUUAAAGCAUAUUCUUAAAACAGCUGCUAUUGUAGAGGAUUGGAGACAACGUCUGAACAGCAACAAUUGGGACAUGAGUAGGUUGAUAUGAUCAUCACAGAUUAGUUACGGAACUAAAAAAAAACUUGAAGCCGAGUGUAUCGAAAAUACUGCUACUGAAUAGGAGAAACCGAGACGGACUAAGAAUCAUACCUAGUGGAGAAAAUCGAUACUACACGUGAAUGAGAAAUCAUAUGAAACUUAUCAGAAAGAAAUAGACUCUAUAUAUAUUUUAAACAUAUAUUAGAAAAAUAUGCAAA